GACUUUAACUUGCCUCCAUUGAGCUAGAGGAACAGAGUAUGAUUUUGGAAAUGCUGAACCCAGUGCAUUAUAACAUUACCAACGUAGUGCCCGAAGCUGUUCCUGUUGCCACCAUGCCCAUCCUGCUGCUCACUGGCUUUCUUUUUUUGAUCUGGAAUUAUGAGGACACAUCUUCAAUCCCAGGUCCUGGCUAUUGUAUGGGAAUUGGGCCCCUCAUCUCCCACUUCAGGUUCCUGUGGAUGGGGAUUGGCAGUGCCUGCAACUACUACAACAAGAUGUACGGAGAGUUCAUUAGAGUCUGGGUAUGUGGAGAGGAAACACUCAUUAUCAGCAAGUCCUCAAGCAUGUUCCACGUAAUGAAGCACAGUCACUACAUCUCCCGAUUCGGCAGCAAACUUGGGCUGCAAUGCAUUGGCAUGCAUGAGAAUGGCAUCAUAUUUAACAAUAAUCCAGACCUCUGGAAAGUUGUUCGGCCUUUCUUUACAAAAGCUCUGUCUGGCCCAGGCCUUGUGCGCAUGGUGACAAUUUGUGCUGAAUCGAUAAUAAGGCACCUGGACAGGCUGGAGGAGGUCAGAAGCGAGUCAGGCACUGUCGAUGUGCUGACCCUCAUGCGGUGCAUCAUGCUGGACACCUCUAACAUGCUCUUCCUGGGGAUCCCCUUGGACGAAAACGCCAUCGUCAUUAAAAUCCAGGGUUAUUUUGAGGCAUGGCAAGCUCUCCUUCUCAAACCAGACAUCUUCUUUAAGAUUUCUUGGCUAUACAAAAAAUAUGAAAAGUCUGUCAAGGAUAUGAAAGAUGCCAUAGAAAUUCUGAUAGAAGAAAAAAGACACAGGAUUUCCACAGCAGACAAACUGGAAGACUGUAUAGAUUUUGCCACUGAGUUGAUUUUUGCUGAGAAGCGUGGUGACCUGACAAGAGAGAAUGUGAACCAGUGUAUAUUGGAAAUGCUGAUUGCAGCCCCAGACACCAUGUCUGUCUCUGUGUUCUUCAUGCUAUUCCUCAUUACAAAGCACCCUCACAUUGAAGAGGCGAUAAUGAAGGAAAUCCAGAGUGUUGUUGGUGAUAGAGACAUAAGAAUUGAUGAUAUUCAGAAAUUGAAAGUGGUGGAAAACUUCAUAUAUGAGAGCAUGCGAUAUCAGCCUGUUGUGGACUUGGUCAUGCGCAAAGCCUUACAGGAUGACAUCAUUGAUGGUUACCCUGUAAAAAAGGGGACUAACAUUAUCCUGAAUAUUGGAAGAAUGCAUAGACUUGAGUUUUUCCCCAAGCCUAAUGAAUUUACUCUUGAAAACUUUGCAAAAAAUGUUCCUUACAGGUAUUUUCAGCCAUUUGGUUUUGGGCCCCGUAGCUGUGCAGGGAAAUACAUCGCCAUGGUGAUGAUGAAAGUCAUCCUGGUUACACUUCUGAGACGAUUCCACGUGCAGACACCACCAGGUCAAGUAUUUGUUGAUAAGAUGCAGGUAAAAAAUGACUUGGCAGUGCACCCAGAUGAGACUCGCAACUUCCUGGAUAUGAUUUUUAUCCCAAGAAAUUCAGACAAGUGCCUCAAAUGCUGAAGAAGAUUGGUCAGAACCUACUCUGGAACACUUCUCAUCAGUAGUUCACAAGAAAACCAUUCAUCUUUGCCAGAUAGCAUCAUCCUCAUAGUGAACAUUUGGUGGUCUAUUGCAUUAUACAGGCAUACCUCCUAUGGAUUGUCAGCAAACUAAGAAACAUUGGUCGCCUGAUCUUGUCCAAACCAGAGAAACAGAACAAGAGAAAACACAGAGGUCAAGAGUUUGCAGGGGAAAUGGUCAGCAAAGAAACUGCAGUCUUCAAGGCCCAAUUCCAUAACACGUGUUGGGGGGGAAAAAGACCAUCAGCAAAACUUACAUCUGGCUGCCCAUGAGAUCUCUACCGCCCUGCCCCAAGAGCAGCUGAAUGUCUGGGGCAGAAGCACUCAAAUUGAUUAGAAAGACCAGGCCAAUGUCUGGGUGCCUAGAGCCAAACACACCUACUAGUGUGAAUAAGUGUUUGAUUUGAUUUCAUUGGGACUGUAGCACUCAUAGUCUUUGG